UUCAUUAAUCUUCAUCUCAAGAAGAAGCAUUAUUUUCCUUGAGUUCAUCAUCAAGGGAAAAGAAUAGAAAUGACUUAUAUUAUGAGAUCAUGUUUCAUUCUUUUCUUUGUUAGCAUGGUUUUUCUCCAAGGCACUACUCUAGGGAGUUUUAUCUGUGAGGAUUUGGCAACAAAUGUGUGUGGAUUUGCGAUUUCGACAUCAGGCAAACGGUGUUUGUUGGAAAAUUCAUCAGGUAAGGAUGGGAAAGUGGAGUACCAAUGCAAGACAUCUGAGGUGGUUGUUGCAAACAUGAGGGAACACAUUGAGACAGAGGAAUGUGUCGAUGCUUGUGGCGUCGAUAGAAACACUGUUGGAAUCUCUUCUGAUGCUCUGCUUGAUUCACAAUUUACCUCAAAACUUUGUUCCCUUGAUUGUUACCAUCAUUGUGCCAACAUAAUAGACCUUUACUUCAACUUAGCUGCUGGUGAAGGUGUGUAUUUGCCUGAUUUAUGCAACAAACAGAGGACGAACCCACAUCGCGCCAUAAUUGAGUUAUCGAGCAAUGGAGGUCCAAUCGAAGAUGCUCCAGCUCCGUCCCCUCUUUCUUUCUUAAUUUGAAAACUUAUUAAUACUACAACAUAUACACAUACUGCACACACUUUUUUUUUUCCUUCCAAUUAUAUUGUCAAUGUUGUGUUUUUAAUUUGGUGAAAAAGAAGGAUGUGAGGGGAAUUACUAAUUCCCUUGAAUUUGUAAUCUACAGCAAAAUCCGAAUGAAUAUUAUUCUAUUAGGAUUGCAUCAA